GUCAUAUUCCCAGAAGCACUUAAAUUUGUUUAGAUGUUCUAGUUAAAUUUCGUGUCUAGGCUGGUAUUCUUUGCGCGGGUUAUGAAAUCUUAGAAGAAUGGGUGGCUUAACUAUCAGAAAAUCAGGAAGUAUACCACCAAAAUGUAUUCGCUUGCCCAGUGGAAAACUGUUUGAUUGUGGUCGCAAAGUGCUGGUACAUAAUAUCUCAGAUUUGCAUUAUGUAUGCUCUCGCUUAAAUAUCUCCGAAGAUCAGAAGUUUUUCAUUCUUACUGAAUAUAACGGCGAGAAAUGCCUCGUUCCUAUUUUUUAUCCCCACCACCCUAAUAGUCUUCAUAACAGGACUUCAAAACUUUUAAUCGCAUAUUAUUUAUGCGAACAGUUCCACCUCAAAUGUAUUCAGCUAGACAGUCCACAGGAUCUUGCUGAUAUCAAGUUGGUCAGUGAUGUCGUCAUUGCAAAUAAGAAUCAGCUAAAUACCAGUGAAGAAGACUCAAGAGCAUUAGAAGAGCUUUUAAAUUCUGAAGAAUUGUUCACACGACUGCUAAGUGUGCUUUUGAGUAUUCCUGAACUUACUACUCAAUGGGUACAUGUGAAAGAUCAGAAAGGACAAUUAUACCAGAUUGGAAUUAAUAGAGAUGGAUUAAUUAUUCAUCAAGAAUUUGUUGAGUCUUUAUCAACACGUUUCAAUUGGCAAGAUUUGGGCAACGCUAUUGCUAAUCGUUCAAUUGUAACACUUCCAAUAUCCAUGAAUUCAGAAAACGCAGAAAAAUUGAUGGAUUUUAUUGAUAUAAAGAGUAGCAAUAAACUGAAAAGUGCAUCAAAUACGGCUAAUCUAAAAGAUGACAGAAAUAAUUCACAGUCUAUCGAAAAUGAUAAAAACACUUCACAACAAUAUAUUCUUAAAUUUCGAUUAUCUGAUGCCAAAAUCGCUCAACGAUUAGCUUUACAAUUAUACACAAUAUGCAAUAGAGUGAUAAAAGAGUCAAAUAAUAAUAGUAAUACAAGGAUACAAUACAAUGAUGUCGAGAAAGAGGAAGAAGAAGAUGAAAGCACUUCUUCCGAUAUGCUGACACGAUUUAAUCGACAAUUUCGUGAUACAUUUAGAUGUUUUUCAAGACCAUUUAAUAUGAAAUCGAAAGGACCUAAACAUAAACCGUGUUCAACACUGCUGGAUCCAAAUACAACUACACAAGAUGUUAAUAGUAAUAAUAAUAAUAACGAUAAUAAUAUUGAGGCAACUAUAACUGUUCAGCCAUCUUCUGUAUCUGAUCAUACUCUGCUAACUUAUAGCAAUGUAUUACCGAUGUCGACUACUAGCAUACCUACUACCAGUGUUGCUUUUGUUACAAGUAGUAUUAGUAGUAACAGUUGUUGUACAACAGUGAAAUCUCCAGUUCACGAUAAUGCUGAUGAUGAAAAUCUUAAAAAAUGUUCAUAUUCUCCUAUGUAUUCAUCUGUUCAAAUGAACUCACCUACAAUGAUUACGACUAAUCAAUCACCUAUCACAGCUACUACACAUGCAACAUUUAUGUCAAAUUCCAAAUUAAAUCAGCAAAACAUUAUCACGACGAAUUAUGAAAAAAUACCAGUAGUUGUGGAACCAAUUGAAGUAGCUGCCGGUGAAGCACAAGCAGAAUUAAAUGAACGUGAUAAACAAGUGUUACAUUCAUUACUAAUGAAUAAAUCUUCAACAAUUGUUUCCUCUGUACCUGUUAACGAUUUCUCGUACACCAUCGCUAAUACUUCAAUGAUGACAACGACAAUACCCAUAAAAUCCAUUUCAAAUGAAUUAUCUUCACCUCAGUUAUCGUCAUUCAAUAAUUUAUCAUCUGUUGCUAUGAAUAAAUCAAAUUCAACAUUUCAUAAGGAACCGUUAAACAUCAGCCCAAUGAUAAAUACUACAAUAACAACGUCAGGGACAACAACAACUAUCAAUGAAGAUAAUUUGUCAAAACAAUAUACAAAUGAAAGUAUCUUUUCAUCAUCGACAAUUCCAACAAAUGAUAAUCUUGCUACAUUUUCACAUUCAUCAACUUCAGUACAUACUGAAAUGUCAGGACAUAAGAAUUUUAUCCCAUCAGCCAUUAAUUCUAAUGUUACUAAUACACACUUUGUACAAUCGAAAUUGGAUACAGUCGUUGUAGAAAAACAGAUUUCUGAUGGUGAAAAUUUGAAACCUCAGGUUACUUCAGAGCAUGUUAGUUGUGUCACUGAAUCAUCUAUAAAAUCUGUUACAGCACAUUCUGUUAGUGUGGUUUCUGCUAAAAACAAUGUUGCUUCAUCAGUCGAUGUCAAUAAUAAUAAUUAUAACAUCCCCGAUUUCCAAAAUGUCAAUUCAUAUAACAAUCAUAAUGUCGAGUCUACAGUUAGUCACACCACAAGUUUAUACGCUCCACAACCAUAUACAACAGUUAAAUCCGAUACAAAUAAUGAUAUUCCAAAUGAUAUAAAGCCAACUUUAAACGGUUUCAAACAUGUGAUGGAAGAUGAUUCUCUCAAGAUUGCUCAUACUACUUCACCUUCAACUAUAUCAACUUCAGAUUCAUUCCAAUCGCGUAUUAAACCACCUUCGUUUACUGUAAAAACAUCAGAUUCGAACAAAAUAAGCACUACAAAAGUAACUUCUACUACCGUUAAAGUUGAUGAAUCUUUCAGUUCCAACCAUCUAACACAGAAUAAUAAUAAUAACACAAUGUCCAAUUCAUUUCAUACGCCAGAAAGUAUAAAAAAUCAAAAUAAAAUAGAUUCUCCCGAAGUAAGUUAACUUUUCAUGCCGAUAAACUAUUUCAAUCAAUUAAUGCUCAUCUUUCAAAUAUAUUGUAUCGUGAUAUUCUGUUUGAACUUCAAUUAUACGGACACUUUGAAAUGAAUAACAACAUGGUAGUAUGUAUUUCCCCCCCCCUCACAGAGUUUGAUCAAUUACAAUCAUUAACGUCAUAAAGAAGAAAAUACAAACUGUUAGAAAUAAACUUCAUACCCGUCCCGCAAGCUAGUGGAUAUCAGGACUCAGUAGUUCAAGAAAUAACUCGUUGAAGCCAAUAAUCGUUUAGUCAGUUUUCGUUAUCAAUCAAUGAUUACAUUGGAAAAAAAGCUGUAAAUAGUAAUUAAUAUAUGGAUAACUACAAUUGCUUCAUUUGUAUUUGGCUGACGUUUGUUGAUUAAGCUGAUGAAUUAAUUUCGAAGAGAUAUUUAGAAUUAAAAAUCAAAAUGACUAGUAAUUUUUUUUGUUCAAUUAUGUUAUUUACUUCAAGCCUUGGAAUCAUGUUUACAAUGACUUAUUAGAUACAGUAAUCUACUUAAAAAUAGGAAAUGUUUACACCAUGUAAAUUAUUUAGAAAUAUCAAGUAUCACAUGUGAACUGUGUCGAUACUUAAUUAACCUUGAGAAGCUCCAAUCAUUUAUCAAAUUCAAAAUAGGAAUAUAAAUUUACGUAAGCAAUUAAGAUUAAGAGUUAGCAUUAUAAGUUAUUGUUAAGAAUUAGAGUUAGGGUCUUCAUCACGAACUGACAUCUAUAAUGCUAAAACAUUAAUUAACCAUAUAGAGACUGAAUGUCGCACAAAGUCCAAGUUUCUCUAGCUUAAAUCCGAUUAGUUCGUCCAUAGAUUAUGGUCCAACCGAUUCAUAGUGCAAUAAAAUAUCUCACAUGCUGCUUUUACACAGACAUUUCAAACUAAAACCAUUGAAUUACUACGUUCUCUGUAUUCCACAAAAUUUCUAUUUAGUUAUUAUUUUUCAAAUAUCCAAUAAUCAAAAACUGUGUGGAAGGUGACAUUACAAAGUUCAACAAAUUGAAAUAUUUUCUCAAAGAUUUUGCGAUUUAUUCUUUCUGGUUUACUAACACAUUAUCAUCGAAAAGAAAAUUUUCUUUGUUAAAUCAUCUUUAUUUCUUCACUGGUAUGAUGAGUCUCUUUCAUUAUUGUAAACUUUUUUAUUAUUUAUUAAAGUUAGUUUUAGUUACAAACCAACAAUGAUUGGUACCCAGCAAUUCGCAUGAAAAUCUGAGACUUUAUCUCAACUAUCGCUUUAGUUAAAAGCACAUUUCCUCUUUAUUUUACAUUAAGUUGAUUCAAUCUCUCCAUAAAAACCAACCAUAUAAUUCUUGUGUGUUUAUAACUUUGUAAAAACUUGUUACAACUGUACGUGUACAUUUGUGAAAAACGAUGACAUAAUUUUGGGCGGUAGAUUAGAUAGCAAUUUAUACAAUGUCUCUUUGUUAAUCAUAUUAUUCCUUUUUUUCGUAGAAGAACAAUACACCGAGUACACCACCCGUCGUAUGCUCCGCGUCAGUUAGUGUAACUGGAAUUCGUCCACCAAGUGGUAUUAAAGCUCCAUCUAUUACCCCAGAUAAAAUGAAGUCUAGAAUUACUACUAACGGACAUACCAAUCCUAGUGCCACCGACACAUCAGUUAUGUCUACACAUGAUGAUGAUAUGACACAUAACAAAAAACAAAUUCCUACAAGUGUUGAACCAACCUGCGAAUUGAUAAAAAGACAAGAAUCAAUUACAGAGGAUAGUUUAGAACAUCCUAGUGGUUUACCUAGACCUCUAGGAAUUUCACCUUCUUCAUCUCAUGGUAAAGUUCAAUCUAAGCUUCGACCUUUAUCAGGAAAUUCACCGAUCGCUAAUUCUGGUAUACCUGCACCGUCUAUAAUGCCACCCCUUGUUAGUGGACAAUCUCAUAUGCCUGUAUCGAUGAAUAAUACUUCUAUUCCUCUACCUAGUGGAAUAAAACCACCAUCUCGUUCACCAAAGUCUGCAUUAGCUAAGUGAUAACAAUAUUUAAUGAUAAUUAUCUGUCAUAUAACAUUCAAUGAUCCAGAAAAGAAUCAAGUAAUAGAAAGUCUUCUAACCAAAAUUGGUUACAAGAUACAUUUCAAUUUGUCUUGUUUUUCUUUUUAUUUAGUUAUCAUUCUUCUCUCUGAACAACUCUCUUUAAACAAAAUUCCAGUAUUGUUUGUUUAUUCCCUAAUUGUUCUGAGAUUUCUUUAGUCCUUCCUUUUUAAUAAUGAUAAUAUUUAUCAAAUGAUUUUUCUAAUGGUAUACACAUUGUGUGUGUUUUUUCGUUUCUUUAACUGUUUAUUGUUCCAUUUUCUGUUAUUCCGUUUGUUUAUUGUCCUUCUCUCUUUUUUUUUCUUUAACUUGAUCAUUUUAUCGAAGACAAAUAUUGAUUUGAAGUUUAUAUCAAUAUCCCCCUUUACAGAUAUUUAAUGUGCACUAAAGGAAAUUAUUUUCAGUCAAAAUGGUGGACUAUUUAUACAUUAACAUGUAACAGAGAAAAUGGCUUCCAAGUUGAACAAUGAAGUCAUUUCAUAUCGUGUCUAUGAGAAAUUAUUUUACAAAAUAUAACCACUAUAAUAGUACUACUGCACAUUUCGAGUAUUUCUCAGAAUUAAAACAUUAAUUUAACCUUUUUUUCCAGUUCACUUCCUCUUGUGGACCAGAAUAUUUUCAUUAGAUCUUAUUACUUAUUCGUAUAUACAGAUUUCUAAAUGUUUACUUCUUUGUUUGUGCGGCGCAUGUGCUUUCUUUCAUUAUGCGGCGGUUGUAUAGACGUUUUUUGAUUUUGAAAUUACAUUAAUCUUCUCUAAAGGUGUGUGUGUGCUCUGGAUUCCUUUUUUUUACAAAAAAUAUUCAGAUAAACUAUUGAUCACUGGACGAACUUUUUUUUUUGCUUUUGUGUUCUUACUAAUCACUUUGUCAAGUUCUACUACUUCUAUUCUGAAACAUAUAAGAUAAUUUUAUGCCUUCGAAUCGUAAUACCUAUUUUAGAUGUUUACAAUUUAAUUUUAAAAGCAAAUAAACUUGAUCAGUAUUCUUUUGUGUUUUGUUUGUUUCCCACUAACAAACUCGAAAACGUUUUCGACAGUAUCAUUUUUUAUUCUUCAUCGAAAUCCAUUGCAAAUUGCUUUUUUUUUCUUGCAGCUUUCUUUGUCAGUGUCAUCUGAUCGCUACUGAUCACACUUCAAUUUUGAACUGUGUUCCCUUUUUUCCUUACGACAUAUGUUUGCCAGAGAUUGCGUUCUUUUCUGUUUCUCUAAGUGAAUUUAUGGGAAUUCGAUUUACAAACAGAUUUAACAAAACAAUAGGAUGAUUUUGUUCACAUUCUAUCAAUAAUUCAUUUUCUGUUUAAAAAGUAUUAUUGACUGACAAUUUUUUUUAGCUCAUAUGAGUCCACAAAUUGUGCACUAUGAAUAAACAUACAUUCAUUGAAUUUGGUUUAUUGUCCAAAUAUAUGAAUUAAAUGAUAAUAUAUUAACAUGUUUUUAUCUAACCAUAAUUUUUGACAAAAUUCCGUAAUUGAUUAACACUGUCCAUUGAUAUCUGAUUGUAACUAUUACAGAUGAAAGAAAGGUUAACUACAAUAACUACAGAACUGCGAAUAAUACGUUUGAAUGUUUGAUACUGAAUAACUGAAAAAUAUAGCCUGUUUGAUUGACUAUUAUU